AUUUGAUAAAAAAAAGUUAGAGAGAGAGAGGGUAGAGAGAGAGCGUGCUAAGCUGGCAUGAUACUUUGAAGGACUUUUUCCAAAGGCCCAGCCAGCCUUGUUUAUAAGGGCACUCCCAACCCAGCAAAAGAAAGAGAAAGAGAGAGAAAAACAGAGCAAAAAAUCCAUCAAAUACCCACCCCAAAGCAAAAGCAAGAGAGAGAGAAAGAAAGCAAAACAGAGCGUGAGAAAGCAGCUGAAAGGAGAGGAGAAGAGAGAAAUCAAAUCCCACCCAAGUUGAAGAAGGAGGAGGAGAGAAAAGGGUUUUCAAGAUAGGGUGCUGCGGAGGGAAUAGCAGCUACAGCAGGCAGGAGAGUAACAGUGAGAAAAUGGAGACCGCGCAGCCACAGCCUCAGCAGCAGCCGCUGAAUCAGCUCAUGGUGCAGCAGAACUCGGGGAGCCUGAGCUUCAGCAGCCAGAUGUCGAAGGAAGACGAGGAGAUGUCGAGGUCGGCGCUGUCCAAUUUCAGGGCUAAGGAGGAAGAGAUCGAGAGGAAGAAGAUGGAAGUGAGGGAGCGGGUCCAGGCUCAGCUGGGUCGCGUCGAGGAAGAGACCAAGCGCCUCGCCAUGAUUCGUGAGGAGCUGGAAGGUUUGGCAGAUCCCAUGAGGAAAGAAGUAUCUCUUGUGAGGAAGAAGAUUGAUUCAGUGAACAAGGAAUUGAAGCCACUAGGACAAUCAGUCCAGAAGAAGGAGAAAGAGUACAAGGAUGCUCUUGAGGCUUUUAGUGACAAGAACAAGGAGAAAGUACAGCUCAUUACCAAACUAAUGGAGCUGGUGAGCGAAAGCGAGAGACUAAGGUUGAAGAAGCUCGACGAGCUGAGUAAGAGCAUAGAUACAGUACGCUGAUUCGAUGGAUCCAAAGCCUCUCCCUCUCUUUGGAGUGGGUUGAUGACUGAUUUUAGGGUUCUUUGUUUAAGUGUUGCUGCUUGCUGCUGAUGGUGAUAAAGAUGGUGGUGGUUGUAUUUAAGUUGACCUUAUUUAUAUUCAUAUCAGGGUGCUUUUUCUUUUGUUUUUUCUUCUUUUCAAUGGGGGUUUGGUGUAAUUCUAUAUCUUUUGUUUGUUUCUCUUAGCAAAAUUUUAAUGGAGUUUCCUUAGUAGGUGGCUUUUUAGGAGGUGAAACACCUUAUAAUGGACAGGUUUGUAACUAGAAAGUGUUUAUUUUGGUUGUCCUCAACUUCUUAAUUGUUUUUCCUUUAGUAGUUUUUCUCUGUUGUUUGUUCUGGAAGGAAGAAUCUGAGUUUGGUACAGGGGUCUCUCUCUCUCUUUAUUGCAGUAUUGAUAAUUUCCCAUUUCGUGCCCUGAACUCAGGGUUUUGCUGGCUAGUUUUCAUGAAGAGAAUUAUGCUCCGCUGAAAUCAAUGCAAACUUUAGUCCCAUGAGUUUGUAAGUGAACCACAC